AUGGCGCGCCGCCGGCCGGUCCCCGCGCCUCGCCGCGCGCCAGUGCGAGCAAGUCGCGACGCGUCGCGCAGGCGCCCGGGCUGUGUUGCGUCCCGCCCGGCCGUGAGCCCGCCGCCGCCGCCACCACCACCGCGGGCGUGUGAUGUGCUGGUGAUGGACGUCUGCUGGAUUCCGAGAGCGACGCGGCGGAGGAGGCGGCGGCGGAGGCGGAGGAGAGCAGCCUUGCCGCGGGGAGAUGUAGGGCAGGUCGGCCGCAAUGCGCUGCACUUGGCUGCCGCAGGGGGGCAUGCCGACGUGGUGGCAGCCCUGCUCCUCGCCGGAUGUGACGUCAAUGUCACUGAUGGGGCGGGGUGCACGGCGCUGCAGCACGCGGCGGCCGACGGCCACCUGGAGGUGGUGCGGCAGCUCAUCCAGCACGGCGCAGACGUCAACCACCAGGACAGCGUGCACGGCAACACGGCGCUGCACGAGGCGUCGUGGAAGGGCUUCAGCCGCAGCGUGGCGGCGCUGGGCCGCGCGCGCGCGCACCUCCACCUCAAGAACUGCGGUGGCUUCGCGGCGCUGCACCUCUGCUGCCAGAACGGCCACAACCAGAGCUGCCGCGAGCUGCUGCUGGCCGGCUGCUCCCCCAACCUGCAGAACAACGUACCUCAGAAUUAA